GUCGAGGAUGAGCAUCGUGGUGGUGGUGACGAUACAGAGGCCUCGCUUUAUCAAGUGAGACCGAGCAAUGUGGUUGAGGACAAUGCCGUGGAAUAUGAAGUUCGUGUGGUGGAUAAGAAGGUUGAUAAGGAGGAAAAGUCUGAGGAGCGUGGUAAUGGCAAUGCAUUUAAGGGGCGGCCAGGUUCACGAGAUGUCUAUGAGGUUGCCAAAGAAAUUGAGGUUCAGUUCGAGAGGGCAUCGGAGUCCGGUAACGAAAUUGCCAAAAUGCUGGAGGCUGGGAAGCUUCCCUAUCAGCGCAAACACGUUUCUUCGAAGAUGUUGCAUGUUGUUACUCCCUCGCUAUCGAUGGUAGCUUCCCAACCUUCUACUUCGAAGAGUACCGAUCCUUCGGCUUCUGGUGACAAAAACGGUGCUGCUGAAUUAAGUUAUGUUGAAGAGUUCGGGAUGGCGUCUGGAAAUCUGUCUUCUACCUUGAGGAAGUUGUAUCUAUGGGAGAAGAAACUCUACAAUGAAGUUAAGGCAGAAGAAAAGAUGCGGGUAAUUCAUGAAAGGAAAUGUCGGAAGCUGAAGCGCUUAGACGAGAAGGGUGCUGAAGCUCAUAAAGUUGAUUCCACUCAAACUGUAGUGAGGAGCCUUUCGACCAAAAUAAGAAUUGCUAUUCAGGUGGUUGACAAGAUAUCCAUGACGAUAAAUAAGAUUCGGGAUGAAGAACUAUGGCCGCAACUGAAUGAAUUAAUUCAAGGAUUAACCAGGAUGUGGAAAUGUAUGCUCGAUUGCCAUCGUGCCCAGUACCAAGCGAUUAGUGAAUCAAAAAGUUUAGGUCCCAUUGGAUCGGGCAAAAGUAGUAGCGAAGCACAUCUUGUAGCAACCAAGGAGCUUGAGCAUGAGCUUCUGAACUGGACAAUCAGUUUCUCUAGUUGGAUCAGCGCACAAAAGGGGUAUGUUAGAGCCUUGAACAAUUGGCUUCUAAAGUGUCUUCUGUAUGAACCUGAGGAAACACCAGAUGGCAUAGCACCCUUCUCACCGGGAAGAAUAGGCGCACCCCCAGUAUUUGUGAUCUGCAACCAGUGGUCACAAGCUUUGGAUAGACUAUCCGAGAAGGAAGUGGUCGAUUCUAUGCGUGUGUUUAGUAUGAGUGUGCUUCAAAUUUGGGAACAUGAUAGGCUAGAAAUGCGACAUAGAAUGAUGGCAAACAAAGAUUCGGAGAGAAAUGUUAGAAACUUGGAUCGGGACGACCAAAAGAUACAGAAACAGAUUCAGGCAUUGGACAAGAAGAUGGUGAUGGUUUCUAGAGAUGAAAAGCAUCUCUCUGUUUCAGGGAAAGCCGUGUAUCAAAGUGAAAUGAGCAAUAGUAGUCUGCAGUCUAGUCUGCAACGCAUUUUUGAGGCCAUGGAGAGGUUCACCGCAGAUUCCAUGAAAGUGUACGAAGAGCUUUUACAACGAAGUGAGGAAGAACGAUUGAGUCAAGAGCACGAAGGAGUCCUAUAAGGUUCUUUUCUUUAACGAUGGAAUCUUAUUUUCUCAUUUUGAUAGUGAUUCAGGUCAACAGGCAGCAGCUUCCAUCAAUAGCAGUGGUACUAAAGAUUCAACCAAAGAGUUGAUGAUAUGAUGGACUCUUCAGAUGCUGCUCCAUAUUCUUCUACGGAAUCAUACUACCUCGUCCGCUGGCCAUGUUUUCAUAUAAGAUCGAGCAACCGAUGGGCGAUGAUGAAAAUGCUAGCAGAAAGCUACCGAUUGGCCAAUUCGAAGUCAACUUGAACCUGCUUAUUUAUUCCAAAUGUUCAAGAAAUGAAAAUUUUCAGCUCAGUCACUGUGGUAGCCAGAGACAAGGUCCUGAAGAAUGCCCUGAUUGUUUGAAAGAGUUAUGACUUGGAACUUUCGGGACGAUGUUCGGAGGAAGUAGUUGUUAUUCUUCGGCCUCGGGGAGAGGGUGAAUUUCAGUAGCCUCUUGCUGGCUCUGGGUUGUUUCACAGUGAUGGAGCAAAGUCAUGAAAAUGACAAGAUGAAGAUGAUAGAUAUGUCUUUUUCAGUACUUUAUCUUGUUUUUUUUUUUUGGGUUAUUUUCUGUAUUCAAUUAUUGUACAUAAGAAAAGCCAUUUUUGAUACCCAGAUCAUAUGAAAAGCCUUCUUCAAUAGAAAGUUUGUUGAAAUGGACAGAAGUAUGAUUGGUGAGGCUAAGGCAAAUUCUGUGUCACCUCAAUUUUGCAGUGCUUUUUUCUCUUAA